AUGAGUGCCUCAUACGGACAACCUGGAGCUUUCUCGUCCUCAAGGCCGCCGAAGCUGCGGACAGCUUGUAACAACUGCCACAGUGCCAAGGUACGUUCCGGAUCCAUGUCUGGGUCAGGUGCAACGGACAGCAACCGUGCGCCCGAUGCAUUAGAAUUGACGCUUCGUGCGAGUAUAGCAUUUCGAUGGUCGGACGAGUGCAAGGUCGUGUUGCCCAGCCAUGAGAAUCUCGAUAUCCCGACUGACAACGAGCUAGGGGUCCGUCGUAGGCAGGUUCCUGAUAGCUCUGAUGCCGAAGAGAGGCUAGUGCCCACCAGAGAAGUGUCGCCACAGGACCGUUCGUCAUCCAACAGUUCAGCCACUAGGGCUGCCACACCCCUUGAACAACCCGACAAUACUGUUAACCCCACGGCUACGGUCUACCCUUCGCCGCUGAAUACAUCCACAGAUCGGAUAGACAGUGCCAAGGUCCAGUCGCCGAGCUGCAAUUUGGCGACGUCGCUGGACAGCUUCCGUGCCAAUCAGCCGCCCAACAGUGCCGCCAAUGAAACCAUCCAGCCAACGUCUGACUAUACGCCGGAACAAUGGCUGCCGGAGUUGGCGGCCUCUCAAUCUGUGGCCUCACCUUUUGAUUUUGAUAUGGGCGUGAAUGAGCCACCUAGUCUGUCCAGUCCAUUCAAUUUUGGCUCUCUGUCCGCAGGCGGUUUGGGCUCACCAUUCGACUUCACCUUGGGCACAGAAUUUGAAAUGCAAGAGUGCGGCGCACAGCCGACAUCCGUUGGGCCCACAGCUCCAACGACGCCGACAGGGGACUCACGUUGUGACUUCUGCUGGAUGAGCAACGCGUGCGAGCUAAUGCAGCUCUGUAAAGGACAAAUACAAUCCGUUGACAAGGCUCUGGCAUGUUGUAAGGCGACAUUAAUGCAAUUACAUCAGCUUAUCGAUACAUAUACCAACGGCGCAGCUGGGCGAAAACUGUCCCUGGACAUGUUGAUCUGCUUUGGUAUUAUGCUAUUACAUCACGUGGCCGAGGUUUACGGACAGCUGGCCUCGAGCAUUCAGGCGCCGGACGCCGCUAAUCGGAUGAUUCUUCCGGUAAUGGGAUGCGGCGCACUCGAGCUCAAUGUUGCCGAUCAGCGCCAGCUGUUCUGCAUCAUCUUCCGCAAGGAAGUUGACAAUGGACUGCGUGCGGUAAAGCGGCUUUGGAAACCCCUUCAGGACAUGCGCGGUGCAAAGAGUGAUCACUCGUUGCAGGCUGGAAGCAUUCUCCUUCAAAUCGGCCGGCAAUUAAAGUCGGUCUCGAUGCGACUCUAG